AUGGCAUCAAACACUGAUGCAGCCGCAGCGGCCCAAACGGCCUCUCGACUUCGAUCAUCUCUCGUGGCGCAGGCUCAACAACCUAAACUCACAACUACCAUCGCCCCGGACCUUCAUCCAGAUGAUUCUGGAGAUGACUCCUCUGUAAGAGGGGAGAGCAUUGCUUCCUCCAGCACUAGCGUGGCUGACUCCGUACUUCAAUACCGUCUUGAAAAUGGAAGGACAUACCAUAAGUACAAGGAUGGCAAAUAUUCCAUUCCUAAUGGUGAGCAAGAGAGGGAGCGCCUUGAUGUGCAGCACAACAUGUUCCUACUCAGUUUCGACAAUCAACUCGGGACUGCACCUCCCAACAAGAAGGACUCUGGUGUUGAAGUCAAGAGAGUUCUGGACGUUGGAACUGGAACUGGAAUCUGGGCUAUAGAGUUUGGGGACGAGUACCCCGAAACUGAAGUUCUUGGGGUUGAUCUUUCGGCAAUUCAGCCAGUAUCCACGCCCCCGAAUGUGAAAUUUGAGAUUGAUGAUGUUGAGGAGCCGUGGACUUUCUCGCAAUCCUUCGAUUACAUUCAUAGUCGCCUGAUGACAGCAUGUAUUGGUGAUUGGAAGCAAUACAUACAGAAAUGUUUCGACAACUUGAACCCCAACGGAUAUCUUGAGCUCAACGAAGUCGAUUUGUACGGCAAGUCAGACGACGGUACACUCGCCGACGAUGGUGCCAUACACAAAUUCUCAAAGCUGUGGGGCGAAGCGGCGGUCAAAUUUGGGCAUCCAUUCCAGGAUAACUCGACUCUGAAGGACCUCAUGACCGAGGCCGGGUUUGUUGACAUCAAAGUGCAGUUAUUCAAGUGGCCUACCAACCCGUGGCCUCGGGAUGCAAAACAUAAAGAGCUCGGGUACUGGAACCUCGAUAACACCAUUGCUGGGCUCGAAGGUUUCAUGCUAGGUCCUUUGACGAGAGCCCAUGACUGGAGCAAAGACGAGGUUACAGUCUUUGCAAUGGAAGUCCGCAACGAGAUGAAGAACCCACGCAUUCAUGCUUACCAGACCAUCUGGUCUGUUUACGGUAGAAAACCUGCUGCGGAGGAAGUUGCGGCCAACUGA